UGGUGAUAUUCUUCGUUUGAUUGCAGAUCUCAUGCCUUCGUUCAUCCGACAUGGUCCAACAAUCCCCAGACGGACUGACAUCUGUCUUCCAGAUUCAAGCUCUAAUGCUUUCUCAGCUUCUGGAGAUGUAGUAGUUUCAAGAAACCAGAGUUUUCUGAGAACUCCAAUUCAAAGGACACCUCACGAAGUACUGAGGAGAGAAAGCAACAGACUGUCUGCCCCUUCCUCGUACCUUGUCAGGAGCCUGGCAGAUGUUCCGCGCGAGUACGGAUCAUCACAGUCAUUUUUAACAGAAGUUAAUUUUGCUGUUGAAAAUGGAGACUCUGGUUCCAGAUACUUUUAUUCAGAUAACUUUUUUGAUAGUCAGAGAAGGCGGCCACUUGGAGACCGUGCCCCAGAAGACUACAGAUACUAUGACUGCAACCAUGAUCUCUUCCAAAGAAUGCCACUGAAUCAGGGGAGGCACACUUCAGGUAUUGGGAGAGUUGCUGCUACAUCUUUAGGGAAUUUAACUAACCAUGGAUCUGAAGAUUUCCCCCUUCCCCCUGGCUGGUCUGUGGACUGGACAAUGAGAGGGAGAAAGUACUACAUAGAUCACAAUACAAACACAACUCACUGGAGUCAUCCUCUUGAACGAGAAGGGCUUCCUCCUGGAUGGGAACGCGUCGAGUCAUCAGAAUUUGGAACCUAUUAUGUGGAUCACACAAAUAAAAGGGCUCAAUACAGGCACCCCUGUGCCCCCAGUGUCCCUCGGUAUGAUCAGCCUCCUCCCAUCACAUACCAGCCACAGCAAACUGAAAGAAAUCAGUCCCUCCUGGUCCCUGCAAAUCCUUACCAUACUGCAGAAAUUCCUGACUGGCUUCAGGUUUACGCCCGAGCUCCAGUGAAAUAUGACCACAUUUUGAAGUGGGAGCUCUUCCAGCUGGCUGACCUGGACACAUACCAGGGAAUGCUGAAGUUACUCUUCAUGAAGGAACUGGAGCAGAUUGUUAAGAUGUACGAGGCCUACAGACAGGCUCUUCUCACUGAGUUGGAAAACCGCAAGCAGAGACAGCAGUGGUAUGCCCAGCAGCAUGGCAAGAAGUUUCUAAGUUAACUUUAUCACAUCCCAGUUUUGUAAGAGCUUUAACAUAUUUCCAGAUAAGUGACUGCAAACAAGUACUUUAGUUAAUAAAGGAACUCACUCUUUGGAAUUAGAAAAUACUAGUUUUACAUAUAUUUUGUUACCAAAAUUUCUCUUUUAUUGAACCAAAAAGCAGUUUUAUCAUUUAAAGAGCUGAUAUGGUAUACACUUCCAAUGCUGUCUAUUGAGAAGCUGCUUUGACAGUUUUGAGAAGGAGUGCAGGAAGAGAGCAGCAUCGUAACCAGGUGCUGGCAAACAGUCGUUCUUCCUGCUGGCGGAAUACACCCUUCUUGUGCAGAAAAGGGAAGAGGGUGAGAACUUAAUUGUGGUGUGAAGUACUUUCUGGAAUAAGGUGGAUCGGCCAUUCCCAUGGGUGUGCUGGGACCUUUAUUGUGAUGGACUUGUAUACAAAGUGUGUGGUCAUCUCCUCCCCCUCCUCCCUACUGUAAGGGGCACCUUUGCAGCGGGCCAUAGAGCCUUUCAGCAAUACAUUAAACACAAAGCCUUAGCCUGUGUGGGGAAGGCGUGUGCAACUGUUACUAAUACUGCUUCCUUCCCUUGAGCCAGAGCACAGAACUCCAGUUAGCAAGGCUCCGGUGAGACACAACACAGGCUUCCUGACCACACACAGCACACUGCCUUGCACCAGGCUGGGCUAA